AUGCAUGAUGUUAGUGUUAGGAAUGAAUCAAGUGAUGAAGAUGCGGAUAAAAGUGGCGAUGAUGCAAGAAAUCUCAUAUUUGAUGGCAGUGAGGAGGAUAAAACAACUGUAUUGAAUGAUGGAUUUGAAGUUCUUGAAGUCGACAUGCCCAAAGAAGGUUCAAACAGAAUUGACAUAAAUGGAAAGUCAUAUAAGAUUAAGAUGUGUGCAAGUAAGUCACCUAUGAAGAAGAAGAAAUUAACUCCAAAGAAGAAGAUGAAGGCAAAUUUCAAAAAGAAAAUUGGUGAAGAUACUUUAAUCAUAGAUUUAAUGAUGGGUGCAGCCAAAGCCACAUAUUACCAAGCAUGGCAUGAAAAAAUGCAAGAACUAAAAAAGCUUGACACAAAUGCAUGA